UCUAUAAAGGUAGGAGGAGUGGAAGGCGAAAAGGAGGCCCGCCCCCAACUCAUCAACCCUAGAAACCAAAAGGAGCAGGAGCAGGAGCGGGAGCGGCUGCGGAUCGGAGGAAGGGGAUCGGCCGCCGCCAUGAGCACCAUGAAGUUUUGCCGCGAGUGCAACAACAUCCUGUACCCUAAGGAGGAGAAGGACCGGCGGCUGCUGCUGUUCGCGUGCCGGAACUGCGAGCACCAGGAGGUAUCGGAGAGCAAGUGCGUGUAUCGGAACGAGGUGGCGCACGCGGCCGGGGAGCGGACGCAGGUGCUGCAGGACGUGGCGUCGGACCCGACACUGCCGCGCACAAAGACGGUGAGGUGCGCCGCCUGCGGGCACGGCGAGGCCGUCUUCUUCCAGGCCACCGCCCGCGGCGAGGAGGGCAUGACCCUCUUCUUCGUCUGCUGCAACCUCACCUGCGCCCACCGAUGGAGGGAAUGAUUUUACUUCUUUCUCUUCUUCUCCACAACUACAACUUGAUCGAUCAUGAUGAUCAACUUUCCCGGUUUGCUUAAACAAGACAAUUGAGUACUAGUUUGUAAAUGGAUGGAGGUUUAGCAAUAGGUAGGGUUCUCUGCCUUCAUCGGGCUCAUGUUUUAUCUACUUGUCUUGUUUAACUCGUACUCCUUCGAUGCUAGAUCAAUGUUAACUUGGGAUGCUAAUUGUUGAAUCAGCAGACGAUACAUGGAUGUUCAAUCACAAAAUAUAUCUUUAA